CAGCUCUUCCUGUCCUCACAGACAACGACGUUCUGUCAGCCCAGGGAGCUCCCUUCGCUCUUCUUCCUCCUUCCUCGUCGCUCGGCCGGUUUGCCGUCUUCUAACUUCAGCCUUCUCAACCACCAUGGCAGCGGCCAGGACUCUCAGGAAAGUGUGCCAGCACUCUCGUCAUCAGCUGUGUCUCCUUCACACAUCCGCCUCGAGGCAGGAGGCAGUGGUCAUCUCAGGAAAGAAGCUGGCUCGCCAGAUCCGGGACGAGGCGCGGUCCGACGUGGAAAAAUGGAUGUUGGCCGGACACCGGCGGCCUCACCUCAGCGUGAUUCUGGUCGGCGACAACCCGGCCAGCCACUCGUACGUCCUCAACAAGACCCGAUCGGCCGCCGACGUCGGAAUCUCCAGCGAGACCAUCCUUAAGCGCUCCGACAUCAGCGAGGAAGAGCUGUUGGACCUCAUCUUUAAGCUCAACACGGACCAUCGUGUGGACGGCCUGCUGGUACAACUGCCUCUGCCGGACCACAUUGAUGAGCGCGCCAUCUGCAACGCCGUCGCCCCCACCAAGGACGUGGACGGCUUCCACGUGGUCAACGUGGGCCGCAUGUGCCUGGAUCAGUCCACCAUGUUGCCCGCCACUCCCUGGGGGGUCAUGGAGAUCAUCAAACGCACAGGCAUUCCCACUGUGGGCAAGAAUGUAGUGGUGGCGGGCCGCUCCAAGAAUGUGGGCAUGCCCAUCGCCAUGCUGCUGCACACGGACGGACGGCACGAGAGACCGGGAGGCGACGCCACCGUGACCAUCUCCCACCGUUACACUCCCAAGGAUCAACUCCGACAUCACACUCAAAUCGCGGACAUCGUCAUCGCUGCUGCAGGAAUUCCCAAUCUCAUAACCGCCGACAUGAUUAAAGAAGGGGCGGCCGUCAUUGACGUGGGCAUCAAUCGGGUGCAGGACCCGAUCACCGGGAAAAGCAGGCUAGUUGGAGAUGUGGAUUUUGAAGGUGUGCGACAGAAGGCGGGCUUCAUCACGCCAGUGCCAGGCGGCGUGGGGCCCAUGACGGUGGCUAUGCUCAUGAAGAACACUAUCAAAGCGGCCAAGAACGUCCUGCUCUAUCCUCCCGAGAGGAUCCGCAUGGCGGCCGCGUCCUAAUUCGGGAGGCAAUGAAUCCCCAAAACAAAACAUUCCAACCCCCCCUUCAAUGUUUUUUUUCUUUUUUCUAUUAUUAUCUUGGCCUGGAAGUGUUUAAGGCGGAAUUUUUUUUAAACCCCUUCCAUGUGUUCAGCCACGUUUGUCUGUUACAUCUACUCAUGUGACAGAAUUCAAUUUUGACUGGGCCUACUGUUUUCAACAGGAUCACCAGAGAUUGUUUAUAUUUAUUGCUUCAGCGGCGUAUGCGGUAUUUAAGGAGCGCAUGGUGGCGGCAUUCACCUCAAGAGCAAAGUGGUGCAGUGUUGAUUAAAAAAAAAAAAAAAAGGGCUGACUCCAUCAGGAGCGCGUUGACCAGUAUUCAAAAGCUUUAAAAAUUCACUAAUGCCUUUGUGAAAGCUUAAAUAAAGAUUUGUGACGAUUCUUCUCA